GCAUCGACCCUCUGUCGCUCGGUAUGGCGUCGUUCCCUGGCCUCGUCUUCACCACCCUGCCCCAUCCCGUCUUCAACACCACCGGAGCCAACUCGGCUUGCCCGAUCCCGUCCCAGCCCUUCGUCUACCCUGUCGUCGCCACCACGACCUCUGCCGCUGCAUCCCAAAGUAUGUCCUCGGAACUCGAUCCCCAGCAAAAGUUCGAUCUCAUCACCCGCAACCUCCAGGAGUACCUGGGCGGCGAGGAGAUCAAGAAGAUCCUGAAUGAGCGCGAUCUGAAAGUCUACUGGGGCACUGCCCCUACCGGCAAGCCCCAUAUCGGCUAUUUUGUCCCUAUGACCAAGAUUGCCGAUUUGCUCAAGGCCGGCUGCCACGUCACCAUCUUGUUUGCCGAUCUCCAUGCCUAUCUCGACAACAUGAAAGCCCCCUGGGAUCUGCUGAAGCUCCGAACUCGCUACUACGAGUUUGUUAUCAAGGCAAUGCUCGAGUCGAUUGGAGUUCCCAUCGAGCGGCUCAGCUUCGUCAUCGGAACCGACUACCAGCUCUCGAGGGAAUACACGCUUGAUGCCUACCGCCUGGCUGCUAUCGUCACCGAGCAUGAUGCCAAGAAAGCCGGCGCCGAAGUCGUCAAGCAGGUCGAGUCGCCGCUACUCUCGGGUUUGAUCUACCCCGGUCUUCAGGCGCUCGACGAAGAGUACCUUAAAGUCGAUGCCCAGUUCGGUGGCGUCGACCAGCGCAAGAUCUUUGUCUUUGCCGAAAAGUACCUCCCCCAGCUGGGCUACAAGAAACGUGCCCAUCUGAUGAACGUCAUGGUCGGUGGCCUCAGCGGCUCCAAGAUGAGCUCGUCCGACCCGGAUUCCAAGGUCGAUCUUUUGGACAACGCCAAGACCGUAGAGGCCAAGAUCAAAAAGGCUUUCUGUGAGGAGGGAAACAUUACCGACAAUCCCAUCCUGGCCUUUGCCAAGAUUGUCAUUUUCCCGGCCGCCUCUCUCAAGGCUGGUCUGGGCAGUGUGAGCUUUACUCUCCAGCGACCAGAAAAGUACGGUGGCGACAUCACCUUCACCACCUACCAACAGCUCGAGGAUGCCUUUGCGGCCAAGAACCUGCACCCUGGCGAUCUGAAAAAGUGGGCAACCGAAGCUCUGAACGAUCUUCUCGAGCCCAUUCGCCAAAAGUUUGCCGCCAACCCCGAGAUCCAAAAGCUCGCCCUGGAGGCCUACCCACCCGCCAAGGCCAAUGCCGUUGAGGACAUUUCCAAGAUCGAUAUCCGUGUUGGCCGCGUCCUCUCUGCUUCGCUGCACCCCGAGAACCCCGACCAGUACGUCGAGGAGAUUGACCUGGGCGAGGCUUCCGGUCCGCGCACCAUCGUCAGCGGCCUUGCCAAGUUUGUCCCCCUGGACAAGUUUAUCGGCCGGGAUGUCCUGGUCGUCACCAACUUGAAGCCUUCCAAGUUUAGAGGCGUGAUGUCGGCCGGCAUGGUUCUGGCUGCCAGCAAUGCCGACAAGACCGUGGUCGAGCUGAUCCAGCCGCCUCAAGACUCGCAGCCCGGCGACAAAGUCACCUUCAAGGGCAUUGCCGAUGCCACCAAGGCCGACGAGCAAAUCAACUCCAAGGUCUUCGCCAAGGCCGCUGCCCACUUUAAGGUCGGCAAUGAGCUCGUUGCCAAGUACAAGGAUAUUCCCUUUGCCACUGCUAACGGUUUCUGCACCGUUGAGUCUCUGAGCGGCGCCGUCAUUGGCUGAGAAAUGGCAGAGCCGAAGCGGUAGCCGUAGCCAUUCGGUUGCUGAAGAGUUGAGCCAGGGGACUUGCCUUGAUGACGGCAAUACAACUUGAUUCACAGCUUGA